AUGUAUUCAUCGGAUGAAAUAAAAAGACAAUUGAAAGAAUUGCUAAUCCUGAAACGUAGCGGUGAAUUAGAUGAGGAGAAACAUCUCGAUUCGAAUAAUGAAUAUUGGCGAAAUUCUGUCACUUAUGAUUGUUUGGAACAUUAUAUUUGUCAUCACGAUGAAGAAAUAAAAUUAAAUACGCUUGCCUUAGUGGUAGAAUCAAAGAAAAGUACUCUGAAAUUUACAUCUAAAGAACUUGAUAUAAUUAUCUUAUUUCUGCGUGUUAAUUUUAAAGAAAAAAUAGAGUUUGUGCCUCUAAUAAAAAAGGCUUUGAGGCGUAUGAAAGACAGCUUAGCUGUGAUGAGGAGACAAUGUAUACAAGAAGAAAAAAUGAGAAAACAUUAUAAACAAAAUUGUAGUUCAUCAGAGAUAGAACAAGAAAUAUUAAACGAAUCUUAUAGAAUAUCCACCAAUUUAGAAAGUGAUAUAAAUGUAUAUUACAAUGUGUUUCAAUCUUUAAGGACUAUGUGCAUAUGUACUAUUGAUGCUACAUAUAAUAAAAGAAAAUGUUCUCUACAAAUUUUGCUUUUAAUGAAAGACAUAUUAGACGAUGAAUUGAAACAAGUUACAUGGAAUGCUAAACAAGUGGAAGCGAUAUUCGAUAUAAUGUUAUUAGAUACAUAUGAGAUAAACAAAGAAAUGGCUUUUAAGUUAAUAAAGUCAGUAGAUACAAGUUUGUUACAAUUAAAUGAUGAAAAUCAUGUUUAUGACAUUAUCAUGGUUGCUAUUGAAUUAGGAAAUAGCAUUAGACCUAUUGAUAGCAUUACAGCUGCAUACAUGUUAAAAGUUUGCUUGUUGUCACCUAUUGUACAAGAUGUUCUUGAAAACAACUUUGGUUUAAAAAUUCAGUCUGAAGAUACAAAAGCAGCACCAUUGUUACAAUUAAUAUUAAUUCUCUUGAAAAUAUUAAAGGAUUCUUUAACACUGGCAAAACAAAAUAUAGUGAAAGCUGUUACUAAACAUUGUUUAUAUGGAUAUCUUUUCUGCAUCAGAAGUUUAUUAUAUGAAUGCAACUUGAAAGAUGUAGAAAAAGAGCAUUUGUGGCAAAAUACUAUAGCUGAAUUAAUAUCUCUAUCUUUCGAAUUCAGUCAUGCUGUUUCUUUGAUAGUAAAUAAUUCUUCACCUGAAGGUCAUUUACCAAUGGAUCUAAAUUUACAAGCUAUUAAUGAAAUAUGUGGUUGUGUGCCUGAUAAACAAAUAGUAACAUCACAAAUGGUACUGCUUUGUUCUUGGCGUACUAUAAGAGAAGUUAGCCUAUUGUUUGGUAUGCUUUCUACUAAGGCACCUAUAUAUGGAGAUAAUCUUUCCUCAGGACUGUUAAAUGAAGAACAAGUUAUCAGAAUAGGAGAACACUUGGUUUCAUUGCUUACUGAAACAAAGCAUAGAGGAGCAUUUGAACAGGCACAUGUAGGUUUUAGUCAAUUGUGUUCUCGUUUAUGGCGACUAAGAAAUACGAAUCUGAAUCAAUUACCUAAAUUGUGGUUACAUCAGAUUUUGAUGGCUAUUAUAGGAAUUAAGCAGAACUCAAAAUUAUGUGCAACCCGAAGAAGUGCAGGUUUACCAUUUAUGAUACAGGCUAUACUAUCUACAGAACCUCGUCAGUACAAAGAUACGAAAACUGCAACAUUCGAGUCGAUGAUGAACAUAUUGUUAGGACUUACACAAUUGGAAUGUGGAAAUCUAUGGGAAAAGGUGCAAAAGUUAAUCUACUCGAACUCUGUAUUUACUCAAUAUAAGAAUUGCUUUACAACAUUAAAGCAUAACAAUGAUUGUCCCAUGAAUGGAAAUAUUGCUCAGAUUACAGAAAUCAAAGCACAUGCGUUAAACAUAUUAAGAGCAAUUUUUCGACACUCUCAACUUGCAGAGGUAGUAAGUAAUUAUGUCGAAGAUGGUUUAAUAGCGGCAUUUAAAAGCUACGAUGCUCCAACAUGGACGGAAAGGAAUGCAGCAGCAAUGCUUUUUAGUGCACUCAUUAUUAGAAUUUUUGGCGUUCAAAGAACGAAAGACCAUAUUAAUCUUACAACAAGCAAUAAAAUGAAUUAUGACGUCUUCUUUCAAAAAUAUCCCAAUCUAUUGCUUUUCAUUAUAAAUGAACUACGAAUGUUUGUAGCAAUGAAUGAUACCCUCAUAAAAGCUAACGUGCAAUCAAUUUUAUUAUUAUUGUCACGAAUGUACAUUUUGGAAUAUAAUAAUGUUCAAUGCGAGAUUGAGGAACUUAGAAUCUUAAUUAUACAAUGUGCAAAAAGUGCUGUAUUUGAAACACGUAAAUUAGCAGCUAGAGCACUUGUUUCUUUGUUAACAAAACAUAUUGCCGAAUGUUUCCUGAUGAAAAUAAUGAGGAAUGUAGUGACUACAAAGACCAGCCAUUCAUACUUAAAUUUGAUACAUGGAUAUAUGUUACAAGUGUAUGAGAUAUUAAAAUAUUUUAGUUGCACAUUUUCCAAGUCACUUGAUAUGGAUUGGGAUAUAUUUUUAAAACACACAACUUGGAUCUUAGUAAAUCUGGAGCAAAAGAAUUCAAAGCCGGCAAGCUUUCUACUAGCAGCAGUUUAUAUAAAUAUUUGCAAUAAAAUGUGCAAAGUGGAUAAAACAUAUCUUAGACGGCACUUUGCAAUUCUACAUAUGGUCACUUCUCAUUUACUACACGAAGAGUUGAAACAUGGGCCAGCACGAGAAUUGUAUAAAUUAUCGGUCAUUAAAUUUAUUCGAUCGAUAGCAGAAGAGACAUCGCUAAUUCAACAUUCUAUAGUAACUGGAAUAUAUCUACAUAAUUUAAGAAGCCCUGAAACCCCAAUUACUAUUUGGUCAACUAUUAUAGAAAUCAUUAAUGAAGUGAAAUAUAAUGAUAUAUCGGAGCAAUUACUAAAUUAUGCUUUUAAUGAAAUUCGUAAUUCAAUACGAUAUUUCCAUAAAUACAGCCCAGAGCUGCAAGAUGCAAUGUUCGAUUUUCUCUAUAAUAGUUUAAUGUACGUUAACCAAAUUGAAUCAGCUGAUUUUAUGAGAAACGAUAUUUGUGAAUUUGUACUGAAUGAAAUACGUCUAAAAGAUAAUAAAAGUGGUUAUUACGAAAGAGAUUGUUACUUGAGAUUAUUAGGGAAAUCGUAUGUAACAUUAGCUCUUUCGAACAAGAAUGAAGAAGCAAUUAAUUUGGAAUGUACAAACAAUGUGUACAACAAUGUCUGUGAUAAUUUAUGGAUCAUGAGUUUAGAUGAAGAUUUUAGGAAGUCUGUGUUUUCAAUACUACAGGAUCUUUUCCUAGCGUGUUAUAAACGAGUGGAGUAUCGAUAUGCACAAGUUCAAUGGUGGACAACAGUACUGCAGUUACUGUUGGACAAUAAUUCUGAAACACGACGUCAGGCCUGUUUGUUAAUCGAUCAUGUACCUGUACAUUGUACAAUGACCAAUAAUUAUUCGUAUCCGAAUUUACUACUCUCGAAAUUUUUUUAUUGCAACAUAAAUAAUAAACAUGCCGAGUUUUUAUGUAUUGUAUUUUUUUAUUGGGGCAUCGCGUUGUUAGAUGACACAGAUUAUGAAAUGGAUGAUACAGAUGUGUUCAAUAAAUGCACGAAUUACGAUUUCUUUGAACCUGUGGAGGUAUCAAGAAUUUGUGCAGAAUUUUUAAUAGACAAUAUGAAAUGUUAUAUGGAUAUUUCGCUGUCAGAUGACAGUAUAGAUUGGAUCAAUUCACUUUUAAAUGUCGAAUUCGAAAAAUCUAUUACGUUUAGGACGCUCGUAAAAACUUACGAAAAUUAUAUUCCUACCCUUGAAAAUAAAUUGCGCGAUAUUUUAAACCCGACGUAUAAAAAUAAAUUAUUACAAAUUUUGGCAUAUGAACAAUUUAAAAGAGUACUAUAA